AUGUCCAUGCUGCCCUUAGCCCUGCAGCGGCUGUGCCAGGCGAGUGCUCUAUCCACCCUCCACAGCAUCCCUCUUCCAUCUCUCCCCUAUUCCUUCACAGGCGUCCAUGCUACCAUUGCUUCUGCAGCGGCUACGUCCGUGCUACCCUUAGCGCUGCAGAGGCUGUGCCAGGCGAGUGCUCUAUCCACCCUGCACAACACCCCUCCUCUCUCUCCCCCCUCUUUCCUCCCCCCAACGCCCGUGCCUCCUCCAACAGACGCCAGUGCGCUAUCCACCCUGCACAACAUCACCGUGGGGGUGCUGUGGCAUCUGCGCCCACACACAACCCCCUCCGCCACCCCUCAGACUGCCACCAGCAGUGCAGGGAAGGAGAUGGAAACCCCUCUGCCAGUGCCCUUCUCAGCGCUGCUGCUGCGGCCCAAAGGGGUGGCGAUCCGCUCGUCACUGCCUGCAGGGGUGGUGGCGGUGGUGGUGGUGGCAGGGAGGAAAAGAUUGCAGGUGCAGCAGGCAGAUAGGACGGACGACUUUGGUAUUGCACCGGUGAAGCGCAAGUGUGGGGAGAGGGAGGAGGAGGAAUGGAGCCCUCUGAUCCUGCCCAUGGAGGUCUAUGUCCCCCGCUCUCUCGCCCGUGCCAUGGCAUCCACCGGCCCCUGCCGGCUGUAUGACGAGACCAUGAGGUGCUACCAGUCGCUGCAGGCGUCAGCAGCAGUGCAGGCGAUAGUGGAUGGGGAGGAUGUGGGGCGAGUGCGGGGCACAACAGGCGUGCUGCUGGAGGACCCCAAACAAUCAGGAGCUGCCGCUGCUGCCGCAUCAUGCCCCAACGCCAAGCUCCUCCCCACGUGCCUCAUUCGCUAUCUCACCUCCCUCUUCCUCCGCCACCCCUCUCUCGACUUCACUCUUGCCGCCGCCUCCCCUCCCCUGCCCGCCCGCUCGGUCGCCUCCGCCUUCCACCCCAACCGCGCCCCCCUGCUGCCCCACGCUGCUGAGUGGCGGGCAGAGCACUGUGGGGAAGGAGGGAGUGCGGACAUUGCCACAGCUUGCUACCAACGACUGCUAGCAGAGCUCUUUCUGCUCGCAGACGCCCCUUCACUCAUCUUCACGCACAAGUCACCUUCCUUCUCCUUCGUUGUGGCGCGCGGGUCAACGCGACAAUCCCGAGGGCUGCAGGGGGCGUUCAGAGUGGUGCAGCCGGCGCUGUGUGCUGCAGCGUGCCCCAAACCGCUCUUGGAGAAUAAGUUCGCCCAACACAUGAUUGUGGAUGAGUCCCUUAAAGCCCUGUACUGCGCGCUGCCCAAGGUUGGCAACACGAGCUGGAAGCUCUGGUUCCGCCUCAUGAAGCUUCGUGGAAACUACUCCGAGUUCCACUCCUUUAAUAAGACCAGCUCUGACAACCAAGCAGGUUCCGCGAAUGGGACGGCCGCAGCAGAUGCUGGGAUUGGGGGAACAGCAGCAGCAGAAGGGACAGCAGCAGCACCAGCAGCAGCAGCAGCAGCGUCAGAGCCAGCAGGGUUGAACAUCACGACCGAGGAUUUUAAGAUGAUUCACCUGCGUGGGCUGAACGGACUCACGGAACUACCAGAUUUGCACGAGGAGGCAGCCAUUCGGUUCAUUACGCGGCGAGACGUGUUCCGAUUCACGUUCGUGCGCAACCCUCUCACGCGCGCCACAUCAGCGUUUCUUGACAAGUUUGUGCUCGCGCGGAACUUCACAAACGAGGGCGAUGCACGGCUGUAUUGGGCGGACGCCAUGUUUGGGAAGAGCAAGCAGCUCAAGAAGAUGCUAAAAUCGCAUCCCAAGGGUGACUUUUCGUUUGCGGAGUUUCUGGUUCUUGUGGAGGAGGCUCUUAAAGGGGAUGCUGAUAAGAUCGAGAAUCACAUCGACAAGCAGAUCGACCUCUGUGCGCUGGAUCGCGUGCAUUACGACUUUGUGGGUCGCUUCGAGAACAUGUCCGCUGACGUGGCAGCAGUGAUGCGUCAGCUCAACACGUCAGAUCUCGGGAUAUUCCAGAAGGGCAAGUCCCUCCAGCUCACAGGCGCGGACCAGCGUUCGGCACAGUUGUACGAUAAGGAUUCGCUGGAGCGCGCUCAUCGGAUCUACAGCGACGACAUGAGCAUUCCGUUCAACGCCAUUCGCUACGACAUUCCCGAGGCCCUCAAGCAGGUGGCUGCUCAGGAAAACGACACGCCAACACCGGCAAUCACAACCUCAAGAAAACUCUGA